AUGGAGAAGGACGAGUCUGUCGCUGUCACCACUGGUGCCAUGGUCGAUGAGACUGCACCUGAUGAAGCUCUCAAGCAACUCCGCAACCUGAAAGCCCACCACCACUGGGAUCCUAAUCUUCCCGAGGACGUUGUCGAAGAACUUGAUGAGGCCUUGCACACAUCUGACGCGAAGACCCAGGUGACCAUCGCCCAUGAGCUAUUAGAUAACUCCCCCUACCCUGAAGUCCGAGCUGCAGUUCCCAAUCACGAUGAGGGUGGGGCUGUCAACACAAUUCGUGCCUGGACCAUUGGAUUGAUCUUCGCAACCAUUGGCUCGGCCCUCAACAUGUUAUUCUCCAUGCGUCAGCCCUACAUUGUCAUCCCUUCAUACAUCGCUCAGGUCGUUGCCUACCCGGUUGGCAAGGCUUGGGAGAAGUUCGUUCCUGCUAAGAGAUUCCGUGUCUUCGGUCGUGAGUUUGAGCUCAAUCCAGGCCCUUUCACCAAGAAAGAGCAUGCAAUUGUGGUUAUCAUGGCAAACGCCACCUUCGGGGGUGGCGCCGCCUACGCGACCGAUGUGCUCUUGGCUCAGCGUGCCUUCUACAAACAAAGUUUCGGCUGGGGCUUCGAGAUCCUUAUGUGUAUCUCGACCCAGAUGUUGGGCUUUGGUAUGGCUGGAUUCUUCACCCGAUUUUUGGUGCAGCCUGCCGCCAUGAUUUGGCCCUCGACUCUCAUCAACACAUCUCUCUUUGCUGCGCUACACGAUCGCACGCUGCCAGAUCCUAGCAAGGUCGCCGGUUGGAAGAUUGGAAAGUACCGCAUGUUCCUCUAUGCCAUGAUUGGCUCUUUCUGCUGGUACUGGUUCCCAGGAUACAUCGCACCUUUCUUGAGUGUCUUCGCCUGGGUAACUUGGAUCAAACCCCAAAACGUCGUCAUCAAUCAGCUUUUCGGUGGUGUAACUGGUCUUUCACUCAUUCCAAUGACCUUUGACUGGACUCAAAUCUCCGGCUUUAACUUCAGCCCUCUCAUCGCCCCCUGGUACGCCAUCUCCAACACUCUGAUUGGCAUGGUCAUCUUCUUCUGGAUUGUUACACCUGCCAUUCACUUCUCCGGAAUGUUCUACUCGGAGUACCUUCCCAUUAGUGACUCCAACAGUUACGCCAACACUGGUGUUAAAUACGAUGUCCACGAGAUCCUUACGCCCGAGUUUACCUUUGAUCCUGUGAAAUAUGAAAAUUAUUCUCCACUGUUCCUAUCCACGACCUUCAUGAUCUCAUAUGGUCUGUCAUUCGCCAGUAUUAUCGCUGUGCUCGUUCAAACCGGCCUUUUUAACGGUUCUGAUAUCUGGGCUCGGUUCCGUCGGGUCGGUAGAGAAGAGGAAGAUGUCCACGGUCGGCUCAUGGCCCGCUACAAGACUGUACCUUUGUGGUGGUAUGCAGGUGUCUUCCUGGCUAUGAUGGCACUUGGUUUCGGAGUCGUGCUGGGCUGGCCCACUCAUAUGAGCUGGUGGUCUUUCAUUAUUGCGUUGGUGAUCGCAGCUGUGUGGUUUGUCCCCAUUGGAAUCGUCAAAGCUUCUACCAACAUCGAUAUUGGUCUCAAUGUCAUCACGGAGUUCAUCAUUGGUUACAUGCAGCCUGGUCGCCCCAUGGCAAUGAUGCUGUUCAAGACAUUUGGCUACAUCACCAUGUACCAGGGAAUGUACUUCUCCCAGGAUUUGAAAAUUGGUCACUACAUGAAGAUUCCUCCCCGUGUGUCUUUCAUGGCGCAGAUGAUUGCAUGUCUGUGGUCGUCUCUGGUCCAGAUCGCUACGAUGAACUGGGCUCUUGGUGCUAUCAAGGACGUAUGCAGCGCGGACCAGGUCAACCAUUACAGUUGCCCGAACGGUCGUGUGUUCUUCAACGCUUCUGUCAUCUGGGGUGUCAUUGGUCCGGCCCGCAUGUUCUCCAUCGGCCAAUUGUACUCACCACUCAUGUGGUUCUUCCUCGCCGGUGCCAUUCUCCCUGUCAUCAUCUACUUCGCUGCCCGCACCUGGCCUAAGAGCCCCAUCAAGUACCUCAACGCACCUAUUCUCUUUGGUGGCGCUGGUCUAAUCCCCCCUGCCACACCACUGAACUACCUGUCCUGGGGCAUUGUUGGCUUCGUCUUCAACAAGUUUAUCCGCGACCGCUGGCGGGGAUGGUGGAUGCAGUACAACUACGUCCUCUCCGCAGGAUUGGACGUCGGUCUUGCGCUGUGCACCAUUUUAAUCUUCUUGACUCUCAACUUGACCGACACCAAUUUCCCAUCUUGGUGGGGAACUGACAUCGCGGGCGGUACAAUGGACACAACAAACAAAGCCAUUCAGAACCCCAUCGCCCCUGGCGGUAAACCAUUUGGACCUGCCAAGUGGUAA